CCUGACACCUCCCUGACGUGCUUCCAUUUCCAGAAGGACGGGGCUGUCUAGCCCUUCCCCCCAAAACCAACUAACCCGCCGCUUGUACUACCCAGCUCUGGAAAGUUCCCCGUCGAGAACCUUUUCUCUUCGGGGAGGGCGAUUGUUCGGACGGGUUUCCAACCAAGGUAACAGACUGGCUUCUCUUGAGUGCCGAAAAAAACAAACCAGAAAAAAGGACGGGGGGCAUGGCGAGCAGCGGGCCCGUAGUUGCGGCGGUGCUGAUAGCUGAAGGGAUCCCAUCCCGCCUACGAAGAUGAGCGGAGUCCCUGGCGUGCACUAGCAGCGUCAGAAAGGCUCUUCAUCCGGUCAGAACCACCGGGCAUAUCUGCAUCCUAACCCCCCCCCCCCAGUCCUCCUUUCUUUUUCUUGCUAUAGUAUUGUCGGGUUGUUACCAUGUCUGUUGGUUGAUCCAAACACGCACCACUGCUCUGUCUGACACAAAACUGUUUAUAUUCGCCUCUUUAACCGUCCCUUUGCCGGGAGCAGCUGCCCAUGGUUGCGAAGCCGUGGGGGUGCCAGUGUUCCUGGCUACCCUGUCAGACUGCUGGCCGUCGAGCUAAUUACUAAGUUGCAAGCAGACUUUUGAAAUUGCCUUAACCAGUACCUAGUGUUCUGGGCACUCGCCAUCACAAAUUUUUCGGUCCAGACCGGAGUCGGGGUUUCACAGCCAUCGAUCGAACGGUCGAACGAGUCACUGAGAGUGGCUUUUUGUUUCUAUCCACCUUUUGGCAGCAUUUGCCUGCUGGGGCGGCGGCUAUUAUAAUUGAGGUCUUGAACCCAAUCGAGGCGAAAUGGAAUCGGUAGCUGGAGCCUAGGCGUAUCAGCAACAAUGACCACCUCCACGCGAGGAACGUGGGAGGCUCUGACAACACGCCGCGUGGCUCUUGUUUCUUUUCCUUGUUUAGGUGUUCACCGGCAUCAUCAUACCGUACCCUAGGACAUGCAAUAAAAUAGAGAGACAAGUUUAGUUCGAUUCGAAUCAAUAACCGUGAUUUCCAACCAUCGUGAAUUUUCUGAAGCAUCCGAACUCGAUCAUCACCAUAAGCGGCAGCAAGACGACAAAGCGCAGAGAGCUCUGGGCGGCUUCUCCAUAGCCGAUGCUGCCAAAGCCCAGACGUGAGGGGGAACAAAUGGGUUGUCGAUCGAUGACUUGGCGGUCUUUCGAACUUCCAAAAAAACUGGUUCUGAACUUAAGGUCGAACGGUCAACAAGAGGCGACCUGGACCAAAACCGUACUCGCUUUGCCCUGGCGUCAGCAAGGACAACCGAAAUCCGACCUACGAGUAUUGCUAACGAGGAAAACACGGAAGCAAAAUGGUAUACAUCUCCAAGGGCCGGUACACUUCGGAGAAAAGAAGAUAACGAGAAGCGACAGAACUCAGAAGGCCGUCCGAUCACGUGCAAGCACAAAUACGGGCGCACAGCAGCGGUGCUUUGAAUUCGAGACUGGAAAGAAUUUCGGACUUGUGGACGAAGUUUUUUUCUUAUAGGUUCCGGCACUAAACGAAAAGAACUACCCAAGACCUGAAUAGAGGAGAACGUGAGGCACUUGCUUGUUUUUUUCUUCUUGCCGAGUUGUCGACUUUGAGACGUUGAAAGGAGCGAAAGCGUCCAAAGACCGAGAUUUCGACUGCUUUAGACCUUUGGAUCAUGGACGAACAUUGGCGAAAAAAGUCCAUUUCUCGGCAACUAAGCGAUGGCAAGCGUUUAGUUGUGUGGACUUGGGUAGCUCUGGUACCAAGUUUGAAGAAGCAACCCCGUUUGUCCAUUCUACGUGUUGUUGGUCGUUGCCAGCGAAAAAUCAGCUUUUCCGCGGACCGAACCGGCGACCAAAGCGUUCCCCCCCGUACGGUCGUUCCCCCGGUUCAAACCAAACUACGGGAAACCCUAUACCAGAUGUCUCACAACUCUUUACAGAAUCCUAUACACGGACGGGUAACGAGGACGGGCAUACGGCACAAAUACGAGACAAACGAGCCAAUAACGACCCCGGGAAGACUAUACAAACGAAUCAGAAGCCCUCCCCGGCUCCCUAGAUCCCACCUGCUUGGGCCCUUUAGCAAGGUAGCCUUCCCCGCUGGUUUGAGCUGGAUCGGAUGGGCUGACCAGCGUUUCUAGUCGCGGCGGGAAA